UAAAACAAUAAAAUAGUAUGGCUUUAUUAAAGUGUAGCCAGGUGCUGUCUGUAGCUUUGUUAUGCACAGUGAUAAUAGCAGAAAAUGCAAUUCAUGCGGUGCCUAGUUCCAAGCAAGUUAUAACAUCCAGUCACUCACAUGACUUAGAUAGUGGUGUUGAUAGCGAAAAAGACGAUUUGCUAUCCUCUUCCUCUAUUGGUUAUGGAUACUACUCGUACCCUUACUUGAAUGGUGGUUUUUAUGGGGGCUACUAUCCAUAUUAUGGCGGCAUAUAUGGUUUAGGUUAUCCUUAUUAUGGUGGCUAUUAUGGCGGUCAUCACGGCUUUCAUGGCCAUUACUGGUAAAGCUAUUGCUGGAAUAUAUGUGUGUGUAGCGGUAUCUGUCUGUAUUUUUUUGCUCAAAAAAUAAUAAAACUAAAAUAUUAUUCAGUAGUGUUGAUUAAAUUAUUAUGCCUAUUUAGCUCAACUGCUAGUGGAAAUAAUUUUUCAGGAUUAUCAUCCAAAGUAAAAAUAUUUAAAGAAUAAAAUGUAUGUUUCUUAUCGAAUGAUAAUAAAAAAUUAAUUGAAAAUAAUGAAGUUCAAUAAAGAAAUGAAAACACAUUGUAAUCAAAACAAAAAUUCGCCGAAUUUGCUUUAAAAAGUGUUUAGUUAUUUAGUGAAUACCAAGUCAAAAAAUAUUCAAAGACUAUAAAACUACAGAAGAUAUCGAGGUAAUUUUUUCUCCACAAAUUAAUUGCUUACAUUAUGAUUUAAAUAAAUCUGACAUCCAAUUUGUUUUUCAAUAUGGAAAACCUAUUAUUAUUGAAAAGUUAUAUUUUUAACUAUAUAGAAAUAAUACUCUCCAAUAAAAACGUGAACCUUUCUCAUCAGUUCAAGUAAAAAAAAGUAUUAAAACUCUUUAAUGAAAAAAUUGAUAUUGUAGAUUUUCUAGAAAAUCUGUUCAAAAGUCGGAAAAUAGUAGUAUCACCGUCUACUUUUAGUUGAAAUUAAAUAUCAGACGAGCUACUUAACCAAUUUGUGCCAGGUUUGGUUCAUAUAUUUCAGUAUGUCCUCUUGAAAUAGGAAUUUUUAAAUUUAAAAUUUGGAUCACUACAUCUAAACGCCGAUCGAAAUAAAGUUCUUGUGUUUUUUGUUUGUGAAGAGUAUUAUUGCUUCGCUGCAACCGAAGUUAACGCUUUUUCAUGAUUUUUUUUUUCAACUUUUGAGUAACUUUUUGUUAAAUGUUUAUUUUGCAUUAUUUGAUACAAUUAUUAGUGGUUAGUGAUUAGUGAUCGCAAGUUAUUUGAGCCAGAAAUAAAUAUACAGAAAUAUGGAGAAACUGUGAAAAAGGCGAUAAAUGACACUUUUUUGAAUAAAAACAAAUAAAAACAAAUAGAAAUUGUAAUUCUUAAUUUUUCUAAAUUUGUUUCAUCAAAAUCGGACAAGUGGUUCGCGAAAAAACAUCAAGAUAAGGAAAAAAUUUAAAAGGUCUUAAAAAAAACUAACACAUGCGAACGCCAAACCCUUUGAGGGUUUUACUAUACUGACCUACUACCAUCACCCUGACUUGGAAUUUCUCACCCCCCAGAUUAGCUGUUGUACUGUGUUAUUGAGGGAGUAGUGAUCAAAGAAUGACGAAAUGCAAAGAAAUUGCAAAAUUAUAAUUAUUGGCACACAAAAUAAAUAAAAUCGUUAAACGCGGUGAUUUGGCUGACAAAAAAUAAUAACUCACAGCUUAAGUCUCUAUCUUCAAUCCUUUGAUUUUGUAAUAUAUCUACGCCUUGGUAAGUCAUAAUAAACGAAUUAUCUUCACUAUUCAAUAUUUAGCUAUUAUACCAACAAUAGAUGCUCCACGUAAAAAGUGUUAAUCGACUUACUUUCACUUGUUCAUUUUCUUAAAGUGCACUCGCCUUGAAUUCCAAUUUAGUGUCAAUUUGUACAGGAACAAGCGAAUUUUGUACAUAAAUACUGCGUGUGUGAAAUCAUAUUAUACAGAUACGUUCAACUGCUUAAACGAGUUCGCUGCUUAAGUCUUUUGAAAUAUUCGUUCCGUAUACAUACGUGUUGUAUAAACUAUAAAUGUGUGAAAUACAUCGAUGUGCAAGUAAAUAAUUUUUUAACUGUUAAGAAGCAAGGAAAUGUCGUUUUACAUGAUCGAAGGCACUGACCUUGUAAACUCGUUUGACGAAACAAAUAAAUGGGAUAUAUACAUGUGUAAAGUUUUUUCGCAUUUUGUUUUUAUUUAGAAUGUGGUAUAUAAAGAAUUUCUUGAAACUCUGGGUACAAAAUGGCUAGAAAUUGUGCAAUUCCAAAGCACAUAUUGACAUUUAAAAUGGAUUCAUGUCAUCAUUUUGAAAAUUCGUUUAUAUUUGUAUACACUCCAAACUUGUCAAGGUCAGAAGAGACUGAAAGACAAUAGCAACAAAUUUGCAUGCCCGAAAUUAUGUUUGAACGCUACAAAAAGAAGUCUUUUUCCAUCGGAUUGUAGCUGAUAAUGAAAAAUGGACCCAUUACGUCAACCUAAAAUACAAAAAAUUAUAUGUGAAACGUAGUUAACCUGAAAAGAAAAUGCUCCACUUCGAGAGGGGGGUGAGGCCAUUAAUGGGAUGAUCCCGACAACAGUUUCUCAAAUUGAAGCGAGAGAUUGCCGGUUAAAAGCCUUUUGAAAACAAGGGCUGGGAAAUUUUGCAUCACCAGUUGACCCAAAAAGCCCUCACUGUCGCAAUAGUAUGCUUCUGUCUUAUACGAACCAAUCGCGGUGAAAAACUCCCAUGUUUUAAGUUUCAUUAAGAUAUCUUUAAUCAUCGCUUGCAGGAACAUACGAACGAAUACAUACACAUUCAAAAGUCUAUUCUUCUCAUCAUCCUUAUCAUUUUGAUACAUAAAUCAGUAUCAAUAGCGUAUAGUUUUAAGUAAACAAAAUUAUUAUACCCAGUACAAUAUGAUGCGAUAAUAUAAAAAGAUCAUUGUUAGUGUAUUAGUGGUUUGCGUGAAAAAUAAAACAAAAUAGAUAGUUCUAUCUUCUACAGAAAUGUUAAAAUAUGCGAAAGUAACUAAUGACGUCGUGUCAGAAUAUUUUUUCGUAUGUUUUAAACUCUUUCCAAUAUGGGAACUCCAAAUAAUAUAUUUCGUAACUUUUACUAAGAAACCAAUUCUAGCAUAAAAUAGAUAUGGCUAAAUAUUUGUUAUACUUUAUAUUUUCCAAUGCAAUAUUCAAAUUUAUAUAUUUUGUACUUAUACAACUGUUAAAUGGUGAUAUUGCUUUACUGAUUUACGUGAAUUUACUAAUGUUAAAAUAUAAUAAUUAAUUUUAAUAUGUAAAAUCAAUGGCUUGCUAAUAUUAGCGAGCCAUCUACAUUAUGUGUGAAUAAAAUGAAUUUAACAAUGAGAUGUUUAAAUGUGAUCUAAUAAAAAACAUAAAAAGCAUGCAAACACUAUCAAGCUAGUCGUUAUUAUUGUGAAAGGCAGAUUCAGUUUCGAUUCCAAAUUUAGAUUGUUGUUUACUCUUC